AUGGGAAUCCGGACGUACACUAUCGGGCUUUUGCUCGGACUUGUAUUACAGGUCAAUGCUGCCGAUAAUAUCACUGAUGACUCUUACUUCUAUGGCCAAUCACCGCCUGUUUACCCCUCACCUGAGGGUGCUGGAGCAGGAAAUUGGCAUGCUGCCUAUCAGAAAGCCAAAGCAUUCGUUGGUCAACUCACUGCUGAAGAGAAGGUUAACCUGACUGCUGGUACAUCCAUCAGCAAUGGCUGCUCAGGUAACAUUGCACCCAUUGCUCGUCUUGACUUCCCCGGCUUCUGCGUCUCGGAUGCCGGAAAUGGCUUAAGAGGGACCGACUACGUUAGCAGUUGGCCAUCUGGACUCCAUGUUGGAGCCAGCUGGAACAAGGAGCUGGCCAAGCAAAGAGGAGCACACAUGGGCGAAGAAUUCCGCAAAAAGGGCGUCAACAUGGUCCUUGGACCCGUCACUGGACCCCUUGGUCGUAUAGCCGAGGGCGGACGCAAUUGGGAGGGGUUUGCAGAUGACCCAUACCUCGGUGGCGGUCUGAUCUACAACACCGUCAGUGGUAUUCAGUCUUCCGGCGUGGGGGCUUGCACCAAGCACUACAUUGGAAACGAGCAAGAAACCAACCGAGUCCCUGGUGAAAAUGAGCAGGGAGAGUACACCGAGGCAGUUUCUUCCAACAUCGACGACAAAACUAUGCACGAGCUGUAUCUCUGGCCUUUCUAUGAUGCUGUUCUUGCUGGUAGUGCAUCUAUUAUGUGCUCUUACCAACGCGUCAACAACUCCUACGGUUGCCAGAAUAGCAAGACCCUUAACGGGCUUUUGAAAACUGAACUUGGCUUCCAAGGCUACGUUAUGACCGACUGGGGUGCACAGCAUGCAGGCAUCGCCUCCGCCAAUGCUGGCUUGGAUAUGGUCAUGCCGGCUUCCGACAUGUGGGGUGAUAACCUCACUAUUGCGAUUAAAAAUGGCUCGAUGGAAGCUUCGCGUCUGGAUGACAUGGCAACUCGUAUCAUGGCAACAUGGUUCCAGCUUAAUCAGAAUGAGGGGAUCCCCAACCCCGGUAUCGGAAUGCCAUCCGAUGUCAACGCUCCUCACCAGCGAGUUAUUGGCAAGUCUGUUGACUCCAAAGAUACUCUUCUGCAAGGCGCUAUUGAAGGCCACGUUCUAGUCAAGAACAUCAAUGCUGCACUGCCUCUCAAGGCUCCCAAUUUGGUCUCGGUAUUCGGAUACGAUGCUGUGAAUGUUGAUUAUCUCAACGUGGCUAUUGCAUCAGCCUCAAAGCCCACCUUGAUCCAGAACAGCACUCUCUACGUUGGAGGUGGCUCCGGUGCUAACUCCGCGGCAUACGUUGUUUCUCCUAUUGAGGCACUCAAUCGCCAGGCUUACGAGGAUAACAGCUCUAUCAUGUGGGACAUCCACUCCCAGGACCCUGACGUUGAUCCUACCUCGGAUGUCUGCUUGGUCAUGGUCAACGCCUUCUCUACUGAGGGCUUUGAUCGCCCCGGUUUGACUGAUGACUACAGUGAUAUUUUGAUAACCAACGUGGCUAAGAAGUGCCCGAACACCGUUGUUGUGAUCCAUAACGCUGGUAUUCGUCUUGUUGAUGACUGGAUUGAGAAUGAUAACAUUACCGCUGUCAUUUUCGCCCACUUGCCUGGUCAGGACACCGGUCGCUCUCUAGUCGAUUUGCUCUAUGGUCGUGCGAACCCCUCCGGCAAACUUCCUUACACAGUUGCUAAGAAGGCAUCCGACUAUGGAGCCCUUCUGUCGCCCACUGAGCCCGAGGGCAAAUACUGGCUGUUCCCGCAAGACGACUUUACCGAGGGUCAGUUUAUCGACUACCGUGCUUUCGAUAAGAGCGAUAUAAAUCCUCGUUUCGAGUUCGGAUUCGGUCUGUCGUACACAACCUUUGAAUACUCUGGUCUGAAGCUUCAGAAGAAUAAGAAGCCUACUUCACAGUAUCCUCCUGGGGCGGCUAUUGUCGAGGGAGGCAAUCCCCACCUGUGGGAUGAACUUAUCACCAUCACCGCCCAGGUCCAGAACAGCGGUAGUGUUGAUGGCGAUGAAGUUGCUCAGCUUUACCUUGGAAUCCCCGGUGGGCCUGUCCGUCAACUCCGCGGAUUUGAAAAGGUCACUAUCGGCACCGGAAAAAGUGAGACUGUCACUUUCCAGCUGACCAGAAGGGAUCUGAGUAACUGGGAUGUAAAUGCUCAACAGUGGGCUCUGCAAAAGGGUCAGUACAAGGUCUAUGUGGGACAGUCGAGCCGCAGUUUGCCCCUGCAGACUUCUUUUAGCAUUUAG